AUGCUACAUUUAGGCUCUCAGCUUGUUGCUAGGCGAUAUGCCUCUCGAGUAGUGAAAGCGGCUGUAAAGAUACCGAACGAACUGCAUCACAGCACCAAACCAACUAAAAUUGAUAGAAAUCUACCAAGAGAGCGUAGAAUAAAAGCUUGGGAGAAAGCAGGAGAGGAAAAGGACAGUUGGUUUAGAAGAAAAUAUGCACAUGUUCAUGCGAGAGAAUCGAAAAGAGAUGCAGCCCAACGAUCAUUCGAGAAAAGCAAAGCAGAAUCUCGGUCGCAGUCCCAAGGUCAUCGCGCCAAAUUUAAUAACCGCACUGUUAUGUCUGGUCUUCGGCCAAAUCCAUUGAUGGAAUACGUGUACGGAACUAAUAGCGUGGUCUCGGCACUGCGAGCAAACAAAAGAGAGUACUUUUCAAGAAUUUUGUAUUACGGUGUGCUGCCUUCAGAGGUACAACAAAUGGCGAAAAAUGCAGACAUAGCACUAGAAACUGUUGACAAACAUCGUCUCAAUCUUUUGACAAAUUAUGCGGUCCACAAUAACAUUGUUCUGGAAACUAAGGCGCUGCAACUACCGGAAAUUAGAGAGCUAGGACCAAGCACGGUGGAAACCCAGUCAUUUUCUUACCAAGAGCUAUUUUUCGAUCAAGCUCAAGAACGACAACAGAAAUUUAUCGUCAAAGAGGGGAAGCAAUUUCCCCUGGGCGUGUACCUUGACGAAGUUGUGGACCCACACAACAUGGGCGCCAUAAUUAGGAGCGCAUAUUUUUUGGGUGCUGACUUCAUGGUAUUAUCACGCAGAAAUUGUGCACCGUUAUCACCUGCAGUCUCAAAAACUAGCAGCGGAGCCACCGAACUUUUACCUAUCUACUCGGUUGAUAAGCCAUUGGAUUUCAUCACAAAAUCCCAGACUGAGGGUGGUUGGACUUUCGUAGCAAGUGGCACGACCAAAAACAAUAAGUUUAGUGAGAAUAAAACUUUGUCUUCCGGUGAUUUGCGGGGAAUGUUGCAGGAGUUUCCGGUCAUGCUUGUGGUAGGCAACGAGGGAGUUGGUGUACGUACCAACUUAGAGAUGAGAAGCGAUUUUUUGGUCGAAAUUCCUCAAGGCCGUGAAUUACAAGGAACGUCCACUGUGGACUCUCUGAACGUGAGUGUUGCAACGGCGAUUCUGCUCAACAAUCUUCUCAAUUAA